UCCCCACGAAACCCAAUCCACAGAUCAAAAAGACAUCAAACACUCUCAGAAAAAGAAAAUGAAGUUGCAGAGUCUUAUCAUUUUAUCCCUAGCUUUGCUGUUAGGGAUCUCAGCAGAGCAAUGCGGGAGGCAAGCUGGAAAUGCAGUGUGCCCCAAUGGGCUGUGCUGCAGCCAACAUGGGUGGUGCGGCACAACAGCUGAUUAUUGCUCCACUGGUUGCCAGAGCCAAUGUGCCUCGACCCCUAAACCAACCCCAACCCCAACCCCGACCCCAAGUGGUGGUGAUGUCAGCAGCAUCGUUAGCUCAGCUGUUUUUGACCAGAUGCUUAAGUAUCGAAAUGACCCGAGAUGCAAAAGUAAUGGGUUCUACAAGUAUGAUGCUUUCAUUGCUGCUGCUCGGACUUUUAAUGGGUUUGGCACAACUGGGGAUGUUACUGUCCGGAAGAAGGAGCUUGCUGCUUUCUUGGCUCAAACCUCUCAUGAGACUACUGGAGGAUGGGCAGCUGCACCAGAUGGACCAUAUGCAUGGGGAUAUUGCUUUAUCAAUGAAAAUAACCAAGAUGUAUAUUGUACACCAUCCGCCGAAUACUCAUGCGCUGCCGGCAAGAAAUAUUAUGGCAGAGGACCCAUCCAACUCACGCACAACUACAACUAUGGUCAAGCAGGUAAAGCAAUCGGAAAGGAUCUGAUAGCCAAUCCGGAUCUAGUGGCCACUGACCCGGUUGUAUCAUUCAGGACAGCUAUAUGGUUCUGGAUGACCCCACAGGCAAACAAGCCAUCGAGCCAUGACGUCAUCACUGGCAGGUGG